CCAAAAGAUAAAUUACAGAAAAGGUUUCACAGCUAUUACUAUUAACUUAUUUUUUAGAUGACCAACGUAGUAAAAGACAUGAUCCUCACGACUAACAAGAAAAAACAGCUUCUAACCAAAGCCACAAGCAAGAUAUAUGGCCGGCCUAACCAGCUCAUUCAUUGCAGGAAAAACCUUGUCAUUGUCACCCACAACACCAUCAAACCAUGACUCUUAUAUCGUUUUCUCAACAUUCCUCCCAUCCUUCAUCCUCAUUUUCUCAAUUUCAGUUUCAGUUCCCAUCUCUCAAUUCCAAUCAUGUCUCAUAAAACAGAACACUUCUUGUUUCUUAUCAUACUCUUCAUGAUAGCCACUUGUUUUGCACCAUCCCAUGCUGACACAGAUGCACAAGUUCUGUUGAACUUCAAAAGCUUCUUGUCCAAUGCAGAUGAUGCUUUAAACAACUGGGUGGAAAAUUCUAUCAGCGUGUGCAGUUGGAGUGGUAUAAUAUGUGUCAAUCAAAAACUUCAUGGUUUGAAGCUAGAGAACAUGGGAUUAGGUGGCACAAUUAGAGUAGACAUUCUUAAACAGUUGUCCACCUUGAAUACUUUUAGUGUCAUGAACAAUAGAUUUGAGGGUCCAUUUCCUGAAUUCAAAGAGAUUUUGACUUUAAGGGGAUUGUUUCUUAGCAAUAACAAGUUCUCUGGUGAAAUUCCUGACGAUGCUUUUCAAGGCAUGAGAGGGUUGAAGAGAGUGUUCUUGGCAGAAAAUAAGUUCACAGGUGAAAUUCCUAAGUCCCUUGCUCAAUUGCCUAGGCUUUUGGAUGCGGACUUGCAUGGAAAUGGUUUUCAAGGUAACAUACCGGAGUUUCAGCAGAGAGAUUUCAGAGUGUUUGAUUUAUCUAACAACCAAUUGGAGGGUCCUAUUCCAGAAAGCUUAAGCAACGUGGGUCCAAAUGCAUUUGCAGGAAAUCAAGGUCUAUGUGGAAAACCUGUAAGCAACCCCUGCAGCAGUAGCAGCACCCCACCAUCCUCUGGUCAAAACCCACCGUCAGAUCAAAAACAUGAAAACAAGAAGCACCACCAUCUUCUUAUCACUAUCAUUGUUGUGGUGAUUGUGUUUGUCCUGGCUUUAAUUCUAGCCCUCUUGUUCCUUCGUUACCGUCGGAGCCAAACUGCAGAUGAAAAACCAGUGUUGAUCCACCAUGCACAACCCUUGCAACAGUCCCAGAACACCAGUACAGUUUCCAUUGAGAUCAAAGACACAGCAGGUGAAGCAUCCAUGAAGAUUGAAGAUGGAGACUUGAACUUCGUUACCAACGAUAGGGAGGCGUUUGAUUUGCAAGACUUGCUCAGGGCCUCUGCUGAGGUUCUGGGCAGUGGCAGUUUUGGAUCCACCUACAAGGCCAUGGUUGUGAGUGGACCUGUUGUGGUGGUGAAGAGGUUUAAGCACAUGAAUGUUGUUAAGAAGAAAGAGUUCUCUGAGCACAUGAAAAGGCUUGGAAGGUUGUCACAUCCCAAUCUGCUACCUCUUGUUGCAUUCUACUAUGGAAAAGAAGAGAAGCUUCUGGUUCAAGACUUUGUUGAAAAUGGCAGCUUGGCUAGUCAUCUUCAUGGCAGGGGAGGUAGUGAAUUGAACUGGCCAACUCGUUUGAAGAUCAUUAAAGGAGUAGCAAGGGGUUUAGCUUAUCUUUACAGAGAGUUUCCUGAUCAAAAGACACCACAUGGUCAUCUAAAAUCGUCCAAUGUUUUGCUAGACCAUAAAUUUGAGCCUCGUUUGACAGAGUAUGGACUUGGGGCAGUGGUGGAGAAGAAGCAUGCUCAGCAGUUCAUGGCAGCAAACAAGUCCCCAGAGAAGGAGGGGCCAGGUGAGAAGAGUGACGUGUGGUGCUUAGGGAUCCUGAUACUGGAGGUUCUGACAGGGAAGUUCCCAGCAAACUAUGUGAGGCAUGGGAAGGAAGGGAGUGAGGAAUUGGCAUUGUGGGUGGAGUCAAUGGUGAGGGAAGGGUGGAAUGCAGGGGAGGUGUUGGAUAAGAGCAUAAUUUCAAAUGGGGAUGGUGGUGAGAUGGUGAAGCUGUUGAGGAUUGGGAUGAGUUGUUGUGAGUGGAGUGUGGAGAGUAGGUGGGAUUGGAAGGAGGCAGUGGCCAAGAUUGAGGAGUUGAAGGAGAAGGAUUAUCAAGAAGAUGGAAGUGAAUUUGAAAGUGAAAGGGAUCAAUAUUUGUCCUCAUCCAUUGAUUCAGGGAUAUGAUGAUGAUGAUGAUGAUGAUGAUGAUGAUGAUGAUGCAUCUUUGUAUGAGAGAUGAAGAAAGCAAGGCAAUGAGUGAACAACAGCACAUCACAUAGGAAAUUCAGUCACAUGAUGAAUACAUAUCUGUAUUCACUAUUCAGUGUUAUUCUAAUAUAAAAAGGAUUAAAAAACAAUAUUAUCAUCACAUGUAAAAAAAGACAUUUUUUUACUAUAUGUUAUUUUUUUCAUUGAAAGAUGUAAUAAGAGGAGAAAACCAUAAGAUAUAAUCUAUUGUAAUAUAUAAAGGUCGAAUUGUAAUA